AUGGAAUUAGAAGAAGAAACUAUCUUUACUGUUAUGGAUCUUUGUAAAUUUGGAGUUAAACAAGAAAUACAAGCACAGUAUGGAUAUGGUGAACGUGUCAGGAAAGAAAGAUCUCAGACUUCAUUCCACUGCAAAUAUCCAAAAUGUCCUGCACAUUUUAAUGUUGCAAUCUUGGAUCAAAAUAAAUACAAACUAAUCAAAAUAGUUGAAGAACAUGAUCAUUCCGCCCCAAAUGACAAAAGUCAAUAUUCGUCUGUCUUUUAUCGCAAAUAUUUAGAACAUUACUUCCAAACAGAUGACAAUCAAAGAGCGAUAGCACAGCUAAAUGCAUUCAAAGAUCUUGAAAUUCCUCUUACAGGUCCGUCCAUUCCAGAGAUGUACGCUCAAAAACCACGUGCAAUCAAACGAUUUGCAGAGAGAAUACAUGCUCUUCAAACUAGAUAUUCUCCUGACGAUGUUGUGUCAUUGCAAAUCUUUGUUCAGACAGUACAAGAAGAAUCUCCAGAUGAUCUCAUUGCAUUUGAAGUCUCAGACAAUAAUAUGUGUUUCUAUUACGCGCCUUUUGAAGGCAAAGCUUAUGCGCAUAGUAUCAAGACAUUUCAUAUAGACAGCACCUAUAAAUUGUUGCGAUCAAAUAUUCCAUUGUAUGCAUUUACUGGCAAAAUCAAAGAGUUUCACAUUUUCCCUUUUUAUAUUUCUUUUGUCAACCAGACACUUAUCAAAACAUUCAAGUUUGCGUGUGCGCCUAUCUCAGAUGGGUAA